AUGAACGAUAUGAACGACAAAAAAAAUCAAACAAUAGAAGAUGAAAAUCAAGUUAUCCCGAAAACUGGCUACUCGUCACAUUAUACCUCGAUAUGCUAUCCUUUUGCUGGAAUGAUUCGUGACGUUAAAAUACGUUUACCUUACUAUACGUCCGAUUGGAAACUAGCGUUAUCGUAUCGAAUAUUCGCGGCAACGAUUCGUAUUUUCUUUCUCAACACAAUUCCAGCUCUCGCUUAUGCUCUUGAUCUAUAUCUACGUAGUGAUCAGUACUAUGGUGUUAAUGAAGCAUUAUUAGCAUCCGCUCUGGGAGGUCUGUUUGGUAUAGAUUGUAGUUACAUCAUUAGUACAACAUCUUCUAUUUUAGGUAUAGUUUUUGGUCUCUUAGCUGUGCAACCGAUAUCAAUCGUUGGAUUUACUGGUUUGAUCAGCUUGUUUAACUAUACAACUUAUGAUAUAAUCAGUCGAAAUACUCAUGUACCUUAUUUGCCAUUCAUGUGUUGGGUUGCUAUAUGGGCAGCUAUUUUCCAUUGGUUGAUAGCAAUCUUCAAUUUGGUCACCUACGUCCGUUAUAUGACGAAUUUUACAGCUGAAAUAUUUGGAUUCUAUGUCGGCAUUGUUUAUAUACAAAAAGGAAUUGAAUUUAUCAUCGAUGAUUUCGAUGAAUCACCAACAAAAGGAUUUAUGUCAAUACUAGUUGCUUUCGGUUUCUUCUUCUCCUAUUGGAUAUUAACACAUAUCGGUCAAUCAGGUUAUUUUAAUCGUGAAGUUCGUGAUUUUUUCGUUGAUUAUGCAAUGAUACUGUGCGUGGUGUUUUGGUCGGGUUUUGCAUUUAUUCCUGGUCAUUUACGUUCGACAAAUAUUGAACGAUUAGCAGUUACACCUGCAUAUCAACCAACAAAGACCACCCGUUCAUGGUUCGUUAAUCCAGGAGAAAUAGAUGUUGGUUAUGUUUUCAUCGCUAUACCAUUUGCUUUGCUUGUUACUGCUCUAUUUUAUUUCGAUCAUAAUGUUUCGAGUUUAACAGCACAGGCGAAACAUUACCCGCUAAGAAAACCAGCUGGAUUUCAUUGGGAUUUCUUCCUCUUGGGAUGGACAACAAUUAUCGCUGGUUUCUUCGGUUUACCAUACCCCAAUGCGUUGGUGCCACAAUGUGCUAUGCAUACGGAUGCACUUGGUCGCUGGAAAGUGGAUGGGCCCGUUGAAAAUCAAGUGCCGACAGCGAUUGUCAAUAUUCAUAAAUCUCGUCGAACUGUACAACAGUAUGUCUUAGUCAAAAUUAAAGAACAACGUAUAACAAACACAUGUCAAAGUCUGCUUUGUCUUCUCACGAUGAUUGGGCCGUUUCUAACUUGUUACUCAAUGAUAUCUCGUGCUGUUCUAGCUGGCGUUUUUAUCGGCAUCGGUUGGGGUUCAGUUGAGGUCAGCGCCAUUACACAUCAGAUAUUACAUCUUAUUCGAGAUCCAAACCAUAUUGAAAUAGACGAUCCAUUAAUUCAACUUUCUCGUAAAAAGAUUUUUCUCUAUACUACAACCAUGUUGGUCGGUUUCGCUUUGCUGUUUAUCAUUUCACAAACUAUUGCAGCAAUUGGAUUUCCUGUAUUAGUUCUACUAUUAAUUCCAUUUCGAGUCAUGAUCUUACCGAAAUGGUUUACACAACAAGAAUUGGGCGUUCUUGAUUCACCUGUAGCAAGUACAUUGCCGUUGGAUUCAAUCGGUGGUUUACCUGACAUACUCAAACCAGUUAACUCAUAA